AUGCCACCCCUCGAGCCAGAGACGGCACAAGCCCCAAAGGGCACGUCGAAGAGCGUCUUCGUCGACCCGAGCUUUGACAGCACUCCCGGCACCCCGGGCACCCAUACCGCCCAUGGGCUUCCCCCGACGAUUAACCGCAUCAGGCGUGGCAUGCAUGGCGAAGCCUCCAACGAUGGCCAGCUCAAGAAGCUCAUGGUUGCCAACCGAGGUGAAAUCGCCAUUCGUAUCUUCCGCACAGCUCACGAGCUGGCCAUGACGACCGUCUCGAUCUACAGCUUCGAGGACCGCAUGACGGCGCACAGGUACAAGGCCGACGAGGCCUACCAGGUUGGCAAAGGCCUCAACCCGAUCCAGGCCUACCUCAACAUUCCCGAGAUUGUUCAGCUGGCCGUCGACCACGGCGUCGACAUGAUCCACCCGGGUUACGGCUUCCUGUCGGAGAAUCCAGAGUUUGCAAAAGCUGUGGAAGAAGCCGGCAUCGCCUUCAUUGGACCCCGGCCCGAGACAAUCGAUGGCUUGGGAGACAAGACAAAGGCCAGAGACUUGGCCAAGAAGGCCGGUGUGUCUAUCGUGCCUGGUACGCCGGGCCCGAUUGAAAAGUACACCGAUGCGGCCGGCUUUGUCGAGGAAGUCGGCUUCCCCGUCAUCAUCAAGGCCGCCAUGGGAGGUGGUGGCCGCGGUAUGCGUGUGGUGCGAAACCAGGAAGAGUUUGAAGAGUCUUUUGCUCGCGCGAAGUCCGAGGCCCAAAACGCAUUUGGUGACCCAACCGUCUUUAUCGAGCGCUUCCUUGACCGGCCAAAGCACAUCGAGGUCCAGAUUCUCGCCGAUGGCCAGGGCAACGUCGUCCAUCUGUUUGAACGUGACUGCUCGGUCCAGCGUCGCCACCAGAAGGUCGUCGAGGUGGCGCCCGCCAGCAACUUGCCCGACGAGACGCGCCAGAACAUCCUCAACGAUGCCGUCAAGCUGGCAAAGACGGCAAACUAUCGUAACGCAGGAACGUGCGAGUUCCUCGUUGACCAGCAGGGCCGUCACUACUUCAUCGAGAUCAACCCUCGGUUGCAGGUCGAGCACACCAUCACCGAGGAGAUUACCGGCAUCGACAUUGUCGGCGCCCAGAUUCAGAUUGCCGCCGGUGCCACCCUCGAGGACCUUGGCCUGUCGCAGCAGACGAUCCAGAAGCGCGGUGCUGCCAUCCAGUGCCGUAUCACGACUGAAGACCCAGCGCUGAACUUUGCCCCGGACACGGGCAGGAUCGAGGUCUACCGUUCGGCUGGUGGUAACGGUGUUCGUCUCGACGCCGGUUCCGGCUUUGCUGGUGCCCAGAUCACGCCUCACUACGACUCGCUGCUCGUCAAAGUCACCUGCCGUGGUGCAACCUACGAGGUGGCUCGCCGCAAGAUGCUUCGGGCUCUCGUCGAGUUCCGUAUCCGUGGCGUCAAGACCAACAUCCCCUUCCUGUUCCGUCUCUUGACCCACGAAGCCUUUGCUGAGGCCAGGACCUGGACGACGAUGAUCGACGACACGCCCGAGCUCUUCAAGCUGGUCCCCUCCAAGAACCGUGCUCAGAAGCUGCUGGCAUACAUUGGAGACAUGGCCGUCAAUGGCAGCUCCAUCGCUGGUCAGGAUGGCGAACCGGGCCUCAAGGACGAGAUCCAGAUCCCUGCCUUUACCGAUCCAAAGGAUCCAUCAAAGCCCCUGGACACCAGCCACCCUUGCCAGGAAGGAUGGCGAAACAUCAUCGUCAACGAAGGCCCCGAGGCCUUUGCCAAGGCUGUCCGCGCAUACAAGGGCACCCUCAUCAUGGACACCACCUGGCGUGAUGCCCACCAGAGCCUGUUCGCCACCCGGCUGCGCACGAUUGACAUGGUCAACAUUGCAAAGGAGACGUCGCACGUGCUCAAGAAUGCCUUCUCGCUCGAGUGCUGGGGCGGUGCUACCUUUGAUGUGGCCAUGCGCUUCCUGUACGAGGACCCCUGGGAACGCCUCCGCAAGCUCAGGAAGCUCGUCCCCAACAUUCCCUUCCAGGCCCUCGUCCGUGGUGCCAACGCAGUCGGCUACACGUCCUACCCAGACAACGUCAUCUACGAGUUCUCCAAGAAGGCCGUCGAGAACGGUCUCGACAUCUUCCGAGUCUUUGACUCGCUCAACGCCAUUGACUCGCUUCGUCUUGGUAUCGACGCUGCCAAGAAGGCCGGCGGUGUCGUCGAAGGAACGCUGUGCUACACGGGCGACGUCGCCAACCCCAAGAAACACCCCAAGUACACUCUCGACUACUACCUCAACCUCACCGAUGAGCUCGUCAAGAUGGGCAUCCACAUUCUCGGCAUCAAGGACAUGGCUGGUCUGCUGAAGCCCGCCGCGGCCAGGCUCCUCGUCGGCGGCAUCCGUAAAAAGUACCCCGACCUGGUCAUCCAUGUCCACUCGCACGACACUGCCGGCAUUGCACUGUCGAGCAUGCUGGCCUGUGCCGAGGCUGGUGCUGACGUCGUCGAUGUCGCCAUCGACUCGAUGUCUGGUCUCACUUCGCAGCCCUCCAUGGGCGCCCUCGUCAGCGCCCUUGAGCAGACUGGCCUCGGUCCCGGUAUCCGACACGAAGACAUCCAGAACCUCAACCUGUACUGGACCCAAGUUCGCAACCUCUACUCGUGCUUCGAGGCCAACCUCCGGGCAUCCGACUCUUCGGUCUUUGACCACGAGAUGCCGGGUGGCCAGUACACGAACCUGCGCAUGCAGUGCGAGGCAAAUGGCCUGGGCGAGCAGUGGAACCAGAUCAAGGAUGCCUACAUCCACGCCAACCAGCUCCUCGGCGACAUUGUCAAGGUCACGCCUUCGUCCAAGGUCUGCGGUGACCUUGCCCAGUUCCUCGUGGCCAACGAGAUGAGCCCGAAGGACUUUGUCGACAAGGUUGACAAGCUCGACCUGCCUGAGUCCGUCUACGAGUACUUCCAGGGCAGACUGGGUGUGCCCCCUGGCGGCUUCCCUGAGUUCCGCGACAAGCUGCUCCGCGGCCGCAAGAAGGUUGAGGGCCGGCCAGGCGCCGAUCUCGAGCCCGCAGACUUCGUCAAGAUCAAGAAGGACCUGGCCAAGCGCUACAACCGCAACUUCUCGACGACGGAUGCUAUCUCGUGGGCCCUUUACCCCAAGGUCUUUGAGCAGUUCCAGGACUUUAUCGAGCAGUAUGGCGACCUGUCGAACCUGCCCACACGCUACUUCCUGGGCAAGCCAAGGGAGGGCGAAGAGAUCCACGCCUACAUUGAGCGCGGAAAGCUCCUCAUCGUCCGACUGCUUGCCGUCGGUGUCUUGUCCGAGACGGCGCAGCGCGAGGUCUACUUUGAGCUCAACUCGGAGCCCAGGUCCAUCGUCGUGGACGACCGCAAGGCCUCGGUCGGCACCGAGCGAAGGGAAAAGGCGUCGGCCGACCCCGGCUCGGUGGGCUCCCCGCUCUCGGGCGUCUGCGUCGAGGUGAGGGUGCAAGAGGGUGGCAACGUCAAGGCCGGCGACCCCCUCGUCGUCAUGAGCGCCAUGAAGAUGGACACUGUCGUCAGUGCACCCGUCUCGGGCAAGGUCGAGCGCAUCGUCGUCGCCGCAAACGACUCGGUGAGCCAGGGCGACCUCUUGAUGGAAAUCAAGCACGAGUGA